AUGCGAGAUUGGUCAGGUCGAAGCAGUAUGGAAUGGUAUCUCAUGAAAAUCCUUGAGGAUGGAGCCUUCUUAUUGGAAAAAGCCGAGGACCAGGCUGGGACCCGUAUCCAUGUCGAGCCGCGAAAUGCCAAAGACUCCAUCGCGGCUGACGAAUUUUAUACCGCUGCCGUUCAGGGGCUGUUCGAGAUUGUGGAUGAUCCAGGAGCAGGAGGUAUCCCGGAAGGGCUUAUUGAACUUGGUAACGCAAUUCUCCGGAAACUUGAUCCCAAGUGGCACCACGCAACGAGGAGAUUUCUGAUAUCAAAAUGGCUCUUUUCAGUCUUCUUGCUAAAUGUCGUCAUCCAUCCCGAGUCGUAUGGAAUGAUGUCCGAAUACCACAUCACCGAAUAUGGUCGACAGAAGAUCCUCAAAGAGGUCGUCAUGAGGGCUCAGAAAUUGGUCAUUGAUAUGAUGUGGAAUAGUACGUCUUCCACUCCACUGGCAAUCAAGGGACACAUCGAGAAUAUCAUGACCCGUUUCCGAUCAAACAGACCUUCGCGAUCUAAGGCAAAGCUACUUCCAGCGCGAUCCAUAACAUCGCUAAGAGAGACUGUGGAAGUUCAUCCAUAUCUUGUUCUCAGUCCAUCAGACCUUUUAACGAUGGUUACUGCGCUUUUCCCGGAAAGACGCCCAGUUUCUGGCUCUGUCAAGGAUAUACACAUAAGUGGUCUACGUUCCUCCGCUUCUUCGAUAUCAGGUAUAUCGACAGUCACUACUGGCGGCAUGUCCAGUUUAAGCCAGUCCCUAUCGAUGGCUGCUCCGCGCAACGCCUUCGACAAUGCUUCCAUAGUUUCAAACAGCGGCUCUUCGGUGAUUAGCGACAUCACCACCUCGCGAGAACCUCUGCUGGACGAGCCCUCGACCCCAACAAAUUACGAAGAUGAUGGGUUUGAGCUCCGCAUUGCUACGUAUGAAAUGAAUCAGGGUUUGGGUGCUGAUGGAACUUCUGGAUCCUGUCAUCCUUGCGCAGAACGGUGGGCGGUUCUCUUCAUGUCGGCCGAUGGCCAAACUCUGUCAACUCAUAUGCCACACGACCCCGAUGAUGAGGCCGAUGAGGAAGAAUUUACGACCAGCAGUGACGAUGAAGAUGAUGCACCUGGUGCUGGUCCAGAUCUUGGGAAAGACUACCAUCAACUAAGAGACUCAAUAUUGAAGCUUGUUGAAGACUACGAGAUCCCACAGUCUCUAGAUUCAAAGGCCGAGUCAAUGACCUUCAGUAACAGGACAUCUGCACUGGAAAGCCCUCGCAAGAAGCAACGAAGUCGGCCAGGAUCAUCAGCUCAGGCGCAAUCGAAGAAUCCUUAUCGUCCUCGUGACAAUUCUACAGGAUCUGGGAGGGACAUUAAGCAACCUGACUCAAAGUCUUCAAAACACCUAAGGCGUGACUCGGAAAGCGACAAGGCUGAUCGCGAAUCCACUUCUGUCUUGGUCACAAUGCUGGAAGCGGCCGAAGCACAAUGCCAAGCCCAGUCAGAUUUUGUCAACGCUCACUUGUACUGGAAGACCUUGAAUCAGCUACACCAAAUUUCAUCUACUUCUUUGAAGCGAGAUGGAUAUGCAUCUCUCCUGAGUAUCUUUUCUCGGGGUCCAAGAGACUCGAUUCGACGUUCCACGAGCGCCAUUGAAGAGUAUGAUGCAUGGCUGGUAUGGUUGAAGCAAUCCCAGGAGCGUCACGAUGUCACCAUUGAAUCUAUGAUGAAGCGUCUCAAGGCUCUUCGAGACAAGAUGUGGUACGUCACAGACGUGAGAAACUCUGCAGCCUACGAUACUGCUCGGAAUAUAGCCAUUGCAUUGAAGUGCAUGGCGUCGCCAAGAAGAUCUACACAUCUCUCUGCUGGAGGUGCUCGGCCCCGGAAUCCGUCUAGGCUCUCCACAAAUAACUUCCUAUUGAAGACCGAAGCCCAAGUAAUGGAUAUGAUGGCUGCGAUUGAGGAACAGGGUGGACCGAACAAGUUAUCUGACGAACAGUCAGACAAAACGUUGGUCUGGCUUUCUCAAUUCGGGAUUGAGAACUUCUGCAAAGGCGAAGAGCGUAUUCACAGAUUCUGUUUGGAGAUUGAGGCUUGUAUCAAUAAGUUGGUCGGUGAUAAUUUGAUGGAGGGCCCAGUUCUCUGGUCAAGCGAGCUCUACUACAGAGACAAACGAAUUCUGGAUAGUGGCAGACAAAAGGGUGAUCUGUUCCUCAACGGACUUGGGUCACUGAGCAUAUCUGGGGACGAUACCAGUGAGUCAGAUAACGGAAAACGUGGUUUAAGAAGUACCGACUUCAGUCGACCAGGCCUACGAGAUUUGCGAGCGAUGUCAGCUAGGAACAAUUCACAGCAGAGUUUUGAUUCCGGCAGAUACAGCACGUCCCGACUGAGCACCACUGGAGAUCUGAUGGACUCUCAAGAUUAUUUCGGGAUGGCUAGCCCUGUGCUGACCAUUGAUUCUGCUACAACAUUCUGGUCGCCAUUCCAAACUCGAGCUCAAUCGCCGUCUACUAGCAUCAGCAGCCAUCGCCCAGGAACUUCGUCGUCUACCAACGAGACGGUAAUGCUGAAGGAGGAGAGUGCAAGUCAAGCGAAACAACGAUUCCUGAUAGAUUUGAAGCAGACCUUGACAAGUCUCCUCAUCAGUGAUCUUGGUACGCUGGUCUUUGCGCGUGGGAGCGAGACUGACUCUUGGUUCUCGGGUGACCUCGGUCAGGACUGCAUGGAGAGGAAGGAACGGGCGGAGCGAAAAGUCAGAAGAAAGAGCAAGAAGAGAACCCUGGAGAAGAAAAAGAGCUUCAGAGACUUGCGAGGAGCACAAAAGACUGAUGCCCCUCCCGAGAAUCCCGAUUCAUUUGCUCAACGAAUGGAGCGAGGAGGUUCUGGCGGUACUCGCUCAACAGAGCACAGUACCCCCGAGGUCCACUCCACAGCUGAGAGCUCGACCAGUGAUUAUCUCGUGGGUGCGCCUCGGAAAAGCGUCUCCAAGGAAAUGGACUCCCCAGACUUCCCUUACAGAAUGGCGUUCCAGCGGUUGCUGAGAAUGUUCUCUGUGCAUCCAAAUCCAUACGCAAAGCUGAAUGCUCUUUUCGAAUUGGAGCAUCUUAUCAUUGCAUAUCUCACUCCAUCGGCCCCACGUCGACCACGCAUUCGCCAUGAGUCCUUGACUGCAGCCCCCCAGUCUCCAGAAGUUCAGCACAUCAAUGCUUUCGGACACACCGACACCACUUCAACCACACCUCGAGCCAAGAAUCUUGAGGAGGCCAUCGAUAACUGCAAAGAACGGCGAGCAUCAACUCUCAUCCAAUCCGAUGCCUCUGCUUCCCCAGUCCACCGCACAACCGAUCGAUCUCUAAGCCUCCCCAACCCAGCCAGCACCGACAUGAUCGUCGACGUCCUCCAAGACCUUUUCCGUGAUGCAGAUAUUCGACCAAAAACUCUGUUCCGCGACCUGCAAUUCAUCGCCUCCUUCGUUCCGGCUGCCGUUCUCGACAAAACUGAGCGCGGCAAAGCAUUCUGGGAUGCAGGACUCGCUGCCCUGGGCUUGAAGCAAGACGUUUGCCGCACUCUCAUCGAAAUUGCCGAUGAGAUUGUCGUCCAUUAUACGCAGACCCGCAAGACCACUACAUCGAACACCGAAUCCGUUCCACCAACCACUGCAAGUGGCGAGGUGAUGCAGUACAGUAUGCAAGACGCAGCUAAAAUGUGGACUAUAACCGCCAAAGAAGGAGAUCCCGUCGCCGAGCGCGAACUUGCCAUCUUCUACCUCACCCACCCCGAGCUUGUUGAGCGCGUCACUGCACCGCUCAGUAAGCCAAGAGAGACAUUCAAGGCACAAGUCAUGGAGAUGCAUGGUGGUGGCAGCACCGGGAAAGAAGAGCGGGAUCGUGAGAGGAGCGAUCCGGCUACGAUGUGUGUGGCUUACCACUGGAUGGAACUCUCCUCCGUUGGAGGCGACGAGCUGGCGAAGAAGUAUUUGAGGCAGAGAGAGGAGCUGAACGCUAUCCCUUAA